AUGAACUUCAGACAUAUGAAGGAAUACUUCUCCUGGCUCUACUAUCAAUACCAAAUCAUUAGCUGCUGUUCCAUCCUGGAGCCCUGGGAGCAAUCCAUGUUCAACACCAUCUUACUAACCAUUUUUGCUAUGAUCGUCUCCUACACUGCCUAUGUCUUUAUCCCAACCCACAUUCGGCUGGCUUGGGAAUUUUUCUCAAAAAUGUGUGGAUAUCAUAGUGCAAUCUCUAAUUGGUCUUGCUGGCAUAUGGUGGAAUGGCGUUGUCACAGACUUCACAACAAAAGAGAUAAAGAAGGUCAAUUCUCAUUUGUGGACCACAGCAGACAGAAUAGGUGCGAGAAGGUGCAGGGAGAAUACAGGAGAAGUCCUGGAGCUGCAGCCCAGUGGCCCAUAAUUUAA